UUGAGAAACUCGGCAAAAGCUUGAAAUUUCUGCUUCUUUCUUGUUCAACCACAAUAUUUGGGGCUUAGAAUUCUGUCUCUCAACCUAGAAAAAAUCCCGGAUCUGCUCUGCUCUUCCUCCCCUGUCCGUCGGUUUUUGUUGGGUGGGAAUUUCUAGGCUUUUCCGGCAUGCUAAAAGUUUUACCCAAGGGCUAUCCAUAUUUACUUACUAAGUUAUCUCAUAGUUUUUCCUUGUCCACCAUUUUAGGAAGCGAAACUGAGGACGGGGAAACCAAGGGGAGUGACGAGGUAGAAGGCUAGCCAUUCUAACUAGAUAUAAGUUUUAGAUUUUAUCAUCCUUUUGUAAGGUAGAUUUUAUUCUUGGGAUUUUGUGAUUUGAAUAAGUUCCGAGCCUUGUGCAUUUGUGAGACCCAUUCACGAGUGCACGGCAUCUGCCACAUCCCUAGAUUUGGGUUCUGGGGCAUGACAAUUAGACUCUUAACCCUUUAUUCCUGUUGAAUCUAGAUCAUGAAUGCACCAAGUUAUGAGGUUCAUAGCAACAUAAGUUUAUCUUAUGCAGUUUCAAGCCCAAAUAUCAAUCAUGAUUUGAGUUUUUGUAAUGGAUCCAAAACUUGGGUUUCACGAGGAACCCAAAAGCUAGGUUCUUCGAGGAACCUAGAUUUGGGUUCCUCGCGGAACCCCGAGGAACCCAUAAUGAUGAAGAGCAUGGUGAAGGGGAUGGUGAAGAUGAUGAAGAGGAUGAUAGAGAUAAACGGUCACAUGAUGAUGCUCGAGGAUGAAGGUGAGAAGUCUGUCAACCUCAUUAUCAACAUCAACACUACCACUGCUCUAGACAUCAACUCUCCCAAAAGUUCAAGCCCGAUUCUGCUCUUCUUCUUCUUCUUCCCGCUGCAGCCAAAAAAAAGUGGGAACCCAGCUAGCCUUUGAGAAACUAGUGAGAAAGCUUGGAGAUUUCUCCUUCCUUCUUGCUCUAGAACACACCUAGAACCCAGAAAUCUUCCCUCCCCUGCUGGAAAAGCCGGAUCUGCCUUGCUCUGCUUCUUCACCGCCGGCUGCUCUUGCC